AUGCAUCCUCAGUGCGAUAAAGCGAAUCGUGCUGGUGAUGGUGCUGGUGCUACAGCUGAUGGCGUUGGCGCAUGCAGAGCAGCACACCAACUGACACUCCAAGAGCGAAACUCAACACAGCUGUGGCCCAUCCAGCCUCUGUCCAGCAGCGCGAACUCUUUUGGGGUGGAGGGGUGCAAUGUUGUGGUGCCUGAGGGUGCUGCUGUUGGCGCAGCGCGGUGCCACUG